CUGAGCCUGCAGGGCGCGCGGCUCGUUCCAGCCAGGAAGCAGAGGCAGCUGCGCCUGUCGCUAACGAGCCUCAUUAGCCAAGCCGGCCGCAGCCCCACCUCGGCCCAGCAGGCUGCUGCGCUCCCCCACCGCUCGGAGCCAUGUGGAGCGGGCCGGGGAAGCACGGCGGGGCCCGGCCAGCCCCCUUGGAGAGGGCGGGUGAGAAAAGGGAGCCACUGAAGAGCAAGAACAACGAGGGACUGGGCAGCGAUACAAGAGCCAGGAAGAAGGUCCAGGGCAGCAGCCAUGAAAAAGAAGCCGGGUCUGAGAAGCCAGGAGCCAUCUGUCCCAGAACCCCAGCAGAGCCCCCUGUGCAGAGAGCAAUGCCUGUCUCGGAGUCCCUGGUGAAGGAGCUGUCCCAAGCCCUGCUGCGGAUGGACAUGGGUCUGGAGCAGGAAUAUGCCUAUGACAUUUUCAGCAGCAUGAUGCAGAAGCAGCCGCGGUACACAUUCCGAGGGCCGGAGCUGCCGCGCUCCGUGACGGCUGAAAUGCGCGCCCUCACCCUGGACUGGCUGGUGCAAGUGCACGAGUACCUGAACCUGGCAGAUGACACGCUGCACCUGACGGUCUACCUCAUGAAUGCCUACCUGAAAGCCGGCAAGGUGCAGGUCUCCAGGCUGCAGCUGCUGGGCAUCGCCUGCCUCUUCCUGGCCUGCAAAGUGGAGGAGAGCACCUUCCCCGACCCGGCCCAGCUGUGCUUCUUGACGGAGGACUCCUUUGCCCGGCGGGAGCUGCUGCGUAUGGAGCGCAAGGUCCUGGCCCGCCUGCAGUUCGAGCUGCACUAUCCCAGCCCACUCCACCUGCUGCGCCUGCUGGCAGAAGUGGGCCGCUGCCCCGCGGAGGUCCGACACCUGGCCAUGUAUUUCCUGGAGCUUUCUUGGAUGGAGGUGGACUGCCUGUGCUUUGAGCCUGCCCAGCUUGCUCUCGCCGCCCUGUGGCUGGCUCAGCGGGUCCUGGGCUGGCAGGCGCCCCAGGAGGGCUCCCCCAAGCUCCACUUAUACAGUGAGUCUGAGCUGUUGAGGGUGCACCCUCCCAUGGCGAAGGCCGCGUUGCAGGGAGCCAGCUCCAGCCUGCGGGCCAUCUUCUGCAAAUACUCCAGGCCUCAGAAGCUCUGUAUCAGCACCAGCCCAGCCAUAGCUGCCUCCGACUACCUGAGCCGCUGUCUGCAGAGUCCUGCCCUUUGAAGAGAGGGAGUGCCCCACACACCCCAUUUCAUGAUGGGAGUAUCUUUCUGAGAAGGACCUCUGAGACGAGCUAAUGGGAGCCCACUCUGGCAAGCAGAACUUCCAAGUGGUGGCCAAAUGUUGAAUCCCUAGAAUGUCGCCUGAUUGGGAAAGAGUGUGUCGAGUAAACACUGUGUGAGUGGGGGUUGUCCUUCC